UCUCAGAAUAUGAACAACAUUUUGAUAUUUUGACCUUUCCUUAGUGACAAUCGAACAGAAAACAGAACCUUCUCGAAUCCAAGGACACCAGACAUAAACAGACUUAGGAAGAAUCUGGAAAGAUCUAGUGCCCACUGGGCUUCAGAUCUAAUGCCAACAGUUUUCAAGAACUGUGAGGACUGACUGCUUUUCUUGACGAAUUCAGAUUCGUUUUCCCAAACUGGGGAGAGAUCCCCCCCCCCCCCAUUUUUUUUAUAAAAAAUAAAAAAAACCGUUGUCAUUUCCCUUGUUAUGAGAUUUGCACAGUCAUCCAUCCUGUCACCGUGCCAAAACAAAGAGGGCUGGGCACAGUGACGACCGACUCGAGGUGAGGGAACUUAGGAGCCGAGGCCACCAAUGGAAUAUCAGUGUAACAAGAGCCAAAGCCCUAGGUCCCCCUAACAGAAAGAGGCGACUGGGACCCUUGACGGAGGGGGUGGGGGGUAGUUGGUGGGUCUCCGGCUCGCUUAGCCACAGUGCGCCUGCGCCGAGGUCCGCUCCGGCUGCAGUGAUCCCUGCCGGGUUUUAGCGCCGAUCACGUCACAGGCGCUGAUCCCUCCGCGGGGUCGCGCAAGGUCGCAGUCCUGCCCCUCCACACAAAGCCCCUCACUCUCUGGCCUUCGCAGUGGAACAACCCCAUGAAGCGAUCUUAAUGGUUUUAGCCUGUCGCUUCCAUUGCAGAGAUUGGACCGGGCAUUAAAAAGUAGUCCCCAACCGCAUUUCCGCGGAGGAAUCCAGGGGUGGGCGGGGCUCCCGAUGACUAUAUAAAGAGACGCCUCGCGUCCCGCAGCUAGUUCCGUGGAGACCGCCAGUUCCGUCUCUACUCUUUUGUGAGGACUGCAGCCAACACCGCUGGUGAGGAGAAAGCCGCCACACCCGGCGGGGGCGGGGAGGCGGGAGGGGGCGAGAGACAGCCCGCGGCCCGGACGUUUGGUUUCCGUGGCCCGCGAGGACGGCUGCUGUCCUGAGGCCGAGGACCGGGCGGCAAGAUGGCGGCCAAAUGGAAGCCUGAGGGGGAAGACGCGCGGUCCUGACGCGCUGGACCAGGUUGGGGGAAGCAGGCCCGCGAGGCCGCUUGCCGCCGGUUAAGCCGGGAACGUCAGAGGCUUGGGUUGGGAACUGAAUUCGGUUGGCGCGCUGUAGGAGCCUCUGAUGUGAGAACUGUGGGUAUUAGACGGGAGGGAGAUGUCGGUUAUCCGGAAUUCGUCGGUUGCUAAAUACAGGAGUGCGAUUGGGAAGGGAGGGGGAGGGUGGCGGUCCAGCCUAGCCUAUCGCCCCUGUGACGUCGCGGUUUGUGUGGUCUCACAGUGUAUAGUGACGAUGGCUUUAGCUUUCCCUCAGUUGUAGGACCGGGUUUGGGUCUCGGCCUCGGGUAGCCUCUCCAGAGUAAACAGGAACCGGAAAUUCAGAGGGGGAACACAAUGCAGAUCUUUGUGAAAACCUUAACUGGUAAGACCAUCACCCUGGAGGUCGAGCCCAGUGACACCAUUGAAAAUGUCAAGGCAAAGAUCCAGGACAAGGAGGGCAUCCCCCCUGACCAGCAGAGGCUGAUCUUUGCAGGCAAGCAGCUGGAAGAUGGCCGCACCCUGUCAGACUACAACAUCCAGAAGGAGUCCACCUUGCACCUGGUCCUUCGCCUCAGAGGGGGCAUGCAGAUCUUUGUGAAGACCCUGACAGGCAAGACCAUCACCCUGGAGGUCGAGCCCAGUGACACCAUUGAAAAUGUCAAGGCAAAGAUCCAGGACAAGGAGGGCAUCCCCCCUGACCAGCAGAGGCUGAUCUUUGCAGGCAAGCAGCUGGAAGAUGGCCGCACCCUGUCAGACUACAACAUCCAGAAGGAGUCCACCCUGCACCUGGUCCUUCGCCUCAGAGGGGGCAUGCAGAUCUUUGUGAAGACCCUGACAGGCAAGACCAUCACCCUGGAGGUCGAGCCCAGUGACACCAUUGAAAAUGUCAAGGCAAAGAUCCAGGACAAGGAGGGCAUCCCCCCUGACCAGCAGAGGCUGAUCUUUGCAGGCAAGCAGCUGGAAGAUGGCCGCACCCUGUCAGAUUACAACAUCCAGAAGGAGUCCACCCUGCACCUGGUCCUUCGCCUCAGAGGGGGCAUGCAGAUCUUUGUGAAGACCCUGACAGGCAAGACCAUCACCCUGGAGGUCGAGCCCAGUGACACCAUUGAAAAUGUCAAGGCAAAGAUCCAGGACAAGGAGGGCAUCCCCCCUGACCAGCAGAGGCUGAUCUUUGCAGGCAAGCAGCUGGAAGAUGGCCGCACCCUGUCAGACUACAACAUCCAGAAGGAGUCCACCUUGCACCUGGUCCUUCGCCUCAGAGGGGGCAUGCAGAUCUUUGUGAAGACCCUGACAGGCAAGACCAUCACCCUGGAGGUCGAGCCCAGUGACACCAUUGAAAAUGUCAAGGCAAAGAUCCAGGACAAGGAGGGCAUCCCCCCUGACCAGCAGAGGCUGAUCUUUGCAGGCAAGCAGCUGGAAGAUGGCCGCACCCUGUCAGACUACAACAUCCAGAAGGAGUCCACCUUGCACCUGGUCCUUCGCCUCAGAGGGGGCAUGCAGAUCUUUGUGAAGACCCUGACAGGCAAGACCAUCACCCUGGAGGUCGAGCCCAGUGACACCAUUGAAAAUGUCAAGGCAAAGAUCCAGGACAAGGAGGGCAUCCCCCCUGACCAGCAGAGGCUGAUCUUUGCAGGCAAGCAGCUGGAAGAUGGCCGCACCCUGUCAGAUUACAACAUCCAGAAGGAGUCCACCCUGCACCUGGUCCUUCGCCUCAGAGGGGGCAUGCAGAUCUUUGUGAAGACCCUGACAGGCAAGACCAUCACCCUGGAGGUCGAGCCCAGUGACACCAUUGAAAAUGUCAAGGCAAAGAUCCAGGACAAGGAGGGCAUCCCCCCUGACCAGCAGAGGCUGAUCUUUGCAGGCAAGCAGCUGGAAGAUGGCCGCACCCUGUCAGACUACAACAUCCAGAAGGAGUCCACCCUGCACCUGGUCCUUCGCCUCAGAGGGGGCAUGCAGAUCUUUGUGAAGACCCUGACAGGCAAGACCAUCACCCUGGAGGUCGAGCCCAGUGACACCAUUGAAAAUGUCAAGGCAAAGAUCCAGGACAAGGAGGGCAUCCCCCCUGACCAGCAGAGGCUGAUCUUUGCAGGCAAGCAGCUGGAAGAUGGCCGCACCCUGUCUGACUACAACAUCCAGAAGGAGUCCACCCUGCACCUGGUCCUGCGCCUCAGAGGGGGCAUGCAGAUCUUUGUGAAGACCCUGACAGGCAAGACCAUCACCCUGGAGGUCGAGCCCAGUGACACCAUUGAAAAUGUCAAGGCAAAGAUCCAGGACAAGGAGGGCAUCCCCCCUGACCAGCAGAGGCUGAUCUUUGCAGGCAAGCAGCUGGAAGAUGGCCGCACCCUGUCAGACUACAACAUCCAGAAGGAGUCCACCUUGCACCUGGUCCUUCGCCUCAGAGGGGGCAUGCAGAUCUUUGUGAAGACCCUGACAGGCAAGACCAUCACCCUGGAGGUCGAGCCCAGUGACACCAUUGAAAAUGUCAAGGCAAAGAUCCAGGACAAGGAGGGCAUCCCCCCUGACCAGCAGAGGCUGAUCUUUGCAGGCAAGCAGCUGGAAGAUGGCCGCACCCUGUCUGACUACAACAUCCAGAAGGAGUCCACCCUGCACCUGGUCCUGCGCCUCAGAGGGGGCAUGCAGAUCUUUGUGAAGACCCUGACAGGCAAGACCAUCACCCUGGAGGUCGAGCCCAGUGACACCAUUGAAAAUGUCAAGGCAAAGAUCCAGGACAAGGAGGGCAUCCCCCCUGACCAGCAGAGGCUGAUCUUUGCAGGCAAGCAGCUGGAAGAUGGCCGCACCCUGUCAGACUACAACAUCCAGAAGGAGUCCACCCUGCACCUGGUCCUUCGCCUCAGAGGGGGCAUGCAGAUCUUUGUGAAGACCCUGACAGGCAAGACCAUCACCCUGGAGGUCGAGCCCAGUGACACCAUUGAAAAUGUCAAGGCAAAGAUCCAGGACAAGGAGGGCAUCCCCCCUGACCAGCAGAGGCUGAUCUUUGCAGGCAAGCAGCUGGAAGAUGGCCGCACCCUGUCAGACUACAACAUCCAGAAGGAGUCCACCCUGCACCUGGUCCUGCGCCUCAGAGGGGGCAUGCAGAUCUUUGUGAAGACCCUGACAGGCAAGACCAUCACUCUGGAUGUCGAGCCCAGUGUUAACACCAAGAAGGUCAAACAGGAAGAUACUCGUACCUUUCUCACCACAGUAUCUAGAAAGAGCCCUUCUUGUGCUUGUUCUUGGGUUUGAUGGGGAGGUGUCUUAGUUUUCCCUAUCUUUUAAGCUGUUAACAAGUUUCAUUGCACUUUGAAUAAAGUUCUUGCAUUCCCAAAA